AUGAGUGCCGAAACUCCAACCAGUAUCAGCCGCACCAUCACAGAAACAAUCCUUCAGGAUGAGUCGAUUCCCGGCACGAGCAGCAGGAACCAUCAGGAACCACCAGUGUUACGGUUGCGGCUGCAAAAGCCUCGCAAUGGCAAAAAGGUACAGUGGACGAACGGAACCGUGGAUAAUGAGCAUAUGAAUAAGAAGAAGUCCAAGUGCUGCUGCAUCUACGUGAAACCGCGAGCUUUUGGCGAAAGCUCGUCCGAAAGUGAGGACGAGUGUGAACAUUGCUUUGGUCACGUGGAGCUGAAGAAAAAGAACCAGAAAGUUCCACCGAUGCCUGCCAAACGAGAUGGCGAUAAUAACGAUGAUGAUGGAGAUGCAAAUAAUUCGGAUGACAUCGAUGGAACUUCCAUAGGUCCGGCAGAACCUUCGUCAGCACCAAGCGGGGAAUAG